GUUGCCAAGUCGUUCUCACCGCGGGAAAUUUCGAACGGUAAAAGCAUGGUUAUUUGUUUCGUGUUUGGGUGUAAUCACCGAAGCAAUAGGGAUUCCUGCAGCUUUUUCAGGUUUCCGGACAAUAAACGAAGCCUAUGGGGUCGUCUGUCAAGAAGGCUCGACAGAUGCCCAACAUCCGAGAAUGACAGGAUUUGUUCAUGUCAUUUUGAAGGUGGCACAAAGGAUGGUGAUCCCAUAUUUUUCCCCCACAACAAAGGAAAACUGUUUCAGUUCAAGGAUCCCAAACCACAGAGAAAAAGGAGUGUGCCUUUGGAGUGCAGUGAUGUACCGGCAAUCCCACUGGCUCAGAGUCCUGAUGUCCAAGCUGAACCUGAACACAAUGGAAGGACGGAUGUAGUGAUGGAACAUGGUUACGCCAUACAGUGUGGAGACCAGUGUGUGGGGAAGCUGACUUCGUUAACCGCUGAAGUCCAAGACUUGAAGGCCACAAUAAAGUCCCUGGAGCAGGAAAUCCACUCCUUAAACCUAAGGCGUUCAACCUUUUCUAUCAACGAUAUAAGUGACAGUGAAGAAAAGAUGCUACUCUACACAAGCAUACCCUACGAUGUCUUCAAGAUCAUCUGCUCCAUGCUGGAACGCUUCGACCUCAACUACUAUGCUGGAUGGAAACCAUCAAUUGUAUCCUUGGAAAAUCAGCUUUUGCUAACUCUCAUGAAACUUACCAUGAACAGCAAAGAUCUCGAUUUGGCCCAAAGAUUUCAAAUCAGUCGUGCUAAGGUUUCCAGUAUCUUCAAUACCCUAAUCCAUGCUUUACAUGAACUCUUUUCAGGUGUUAUGGAUAACUACAUGCCCAGUCAGACUAAGUGUAAAGGCAGCAUGCCUAAGUCUUUUGAAGAUUUUGGUAGUGCUAGGGCAUCUAUCGAUGCUAUAGAGAUGUCUCAGGAUAUCCCCAAAGACCUUGACUGUCAAAAUAGAGCGUACAGCAACUACAAGUUCCGCCAUACUGUUAAAGCUGUGACAGCUGUGGCACCCAAUGACGCUCUAACAUAUUGCACCAGUCUGUAUCCUGGGUCAACAUCAGAUUGCUAUUGUUAG